AUGACGCCUCCCGGCCAACUGCUCCCCUUGGCCCGGCUGCCUCCGCUGCCUCACGUCCUCUCCAGCCACCGCAGCCGGUGCCCGCCUCCCGCCCACGCGCACGCCGGAGUGUCGCCUCUGCCUCCAUGGCGGCCCCACCGCCUCCAUGGCCGCUUCGUGCCUUCUCCCCAGCUGUUCCGGGCUCCAGCCUGGCCCCCUCGUACUCCAACACCUCCAGGGGUUUCGGCGGCCGCAAGAGGCGAGGCUCAGGCAGCUGCGGUGGCGGAGUUCGUGACGUCGGAGAGGGUGAAGGUGGCGGCGAUGCUGAGGCUAGCCCUGGCGCUCUGCAACGCCGGCCGCGUUGUCAUGUCCAUCACCAUCGUCCCUCUCUCGCAGGCGUACGGGUGGACCCCGUCAUUCGCCGGCGUCGUGCAGUCAUCCUUUCUUUGGGGAUAUCUGAUGUCGCCAAUAAUUGGUGGAGCGUUUGUUGACUACUAUGGUGGAAAGCGAGUCAUGGCUUACGGUAUAGCCUUAUGGUCCUUGGCUACAUUCCUGUCUCCUUGGGCAGCUGGUCGAUCUAUCUGGUUGUUUCUCUUUACCAGAAUCCUGCUGGGUCUUGCAGGAGUGGCACUCCCAAGCAUGAACAACAUGGUGUUGAGUCAAUUGGCUUUCUGGGGCCAGGUAUUGCUUUGCUGUCUGAAUGCAGCAAAGAGUCCAAUCAUUGCUUCAGCCUGGCUUACAAUUGCUGUUGGUUUGAAAUCCUUUGGCCACUCAGGUUUCUUAGUAAAUCUACAGGAGAUCGCCCCACAAUAUGCUGGAGUACUACACGGAAUGUCAAAUACAGCUGGGACAUUUGCUGCCAUUCUAGGAACUAUUGGAGCAGGAUUUUUUGUUGAUCGGAUGGGUUCUUUCCAUGGAUUUUUGAUAUUGACGUCGCUUUUAUACUUCAGCAGUGCUCUUUUCUGGGAUAUCUUUGCUACUGGAGAGCGUGUUGAUUUUGAUGGCACUGGCUAG